AUGCAAACUCCUCUCAGAAAGGCCCUGGUCCAACCGGGAUUCGAACCCAGGACCUUCUUGCUGAGAGGCGAGAGUGCUAUCCACUCAGCCACCGUGCAGCCCAGUAACAUCAUCAGUCACAUCAUCAGUCACAUCAUCAGUCACAUCAUCAGUAACAUCAUCAGUCACAUCAUCAGUCACAUCAUCAGUCACAUCAUCAGUAACAUCAUCAGUAAUAUCAUCAGUCACAUCAUCAGUCAUAUCAGUCACAUCAUCAGUCACAUCAUCAGUCACAUCAUCAGUCACAUCAUCAGUCACACCAUCAGUCAAAUCAUCAGUCACAUCAGUCAAAUCAUCAGUAACACCAUCAGUCAAAUCAUCAGUCACAUCAGUCAAAUCAUCAAUAACACCAUCAGUCACAUCAGUAAUAUCAUCAGUCACAUCAUCAGUAAUAUCAGUCACAUCAUCAGUCACAUCAUCAGUCACAUCAUCAGUCACAUCAUCAGUCACAUCAGUAACAUCAUCAGUAACAUCAUCAGUAACAUCAUCAGUAACAUCAUCAGUAACAUCAUCAGUCACAUCAUCAGUCACAUCAUCAGUCACAUCAUCAGUAACAUCAUCAGUAACAUCAUCAGUCACAUCAUCAGUCACAUCAUCAGUCUCAUCAUCAGUAACAUCAUCAGUCACAUCAUCAGUCACAUCAUCAGUCACAUCAUCAGUCACAUCAUCAGUAAUAUCAGUCACAUCAUCAGUCACAUCAUCAGUCACAUCAUCAGUCACAUCAUCAGUCACAUCAUCAGUCACAUCAUCAGUCACAUCAUCAGUAAUAUCAUCAGUCACAUCAUCAGUCACAUCAUCAGUAACAUCAUCAGUAACAUCAUCAGUCACAUCAUCAGUCACAUCAUCAGUCACAUCAUCAGUCACAUCAUCAGUCACAUCAUCAGUCACAUCAUCAGUCACAUCAUCAGUCACAUCAUCAGUUACAUCAUCAGUAACAUCAUCAGUCACAUCAUCAGUAACAUCAUCAGUCACAUCAUCAGUCACAUCAUCAGUAAUAUCAUCAGUAAUAUCAUCAGUCACAUCAUCAGUAACAUCAGUCACAUCAUCAGUAACAUCAUCAGUCACAUCAUCAGUAACAUCAUCAGUAAUAUCAUCAGUCACAUCAUCAGUAACAUCAGUCACAUCAUCAGUAACAUCAUCAGUAACAUCAUCAGUCACAUCAUCAGUCACAUCAUCAGUAACAUCAUCAGUCAUAUCAUCAGUCAUAUCAUCAGUCACAUCAUCAGUCACAUCAUCAGUCACAUCAUCAGUCACAUCAUCAGUAACAUCAUCAGUCACAUCAUCAGUCACAUCAUCAGUAACAUCAGUCACAUCAUCAGUCACAUCAUCAGUAACAUCAUCAGUCACAUCAUCAGUCACAUCAUCAGUCACAUCAUCAGUCACAUCAUCAGUCACAUCAUCAGUCACAUCAUCAGUCACAUCAUCAGUCACAUCAUCAGUCACAUCAUCAGUCACAUCAUCAGUAUUAUCAUCAGUCAUAUCAUCAGUCACAUCAUCAGUAACAUCAUUAGUCACAUCAUCAGUCAUAUCAUCAGUCACAUCAUCAGUAACAUCAUCAGUAACAUCAUCAGUCACAUCAUCAGUAACAUCAUCAGUAAUAUCAUCAGUCAUAUCAUCAGUCACAUCAUCAGUCACAUCAUCAGUAACAUCAUUAGUCACAUCAUCAGUCACAUCAUCAGUCACAUCAUCAGUAACAUCAUCAGUCACAUCAUCAGUCACAUCAGUCACAUCAUCAGUAACAUCAUCAGUAACAUCAUCAUUAACAUCAUCAGUCACAUCAUCAGUCACAUCAUCAGUCACAUCAUCAGUCACAUCAUCAGUCACAUCAUCAGUCACAUCAUCAGUAACAUCAUCAGUCACAUCAUCAGUCACAUCAUCAGUCACAUCAUCAGUCUCAUCAUCAGUAACAGUCACAUCAUCAGUCACAUCAUCAGUCACAUCAUCAGUCACAUCAUCAGUAAUAUCAGUCACAUCAUCAGUCACAUCAUCAGUCACAUCAUCAGUCACAUCAUCAGUUGA